GAAAGGAUCGCAGAGGAAGCCGAUAAGAGGGCUUCUUUGCCGCUCCCUCGUACUUUCGACUCGAGGCUGACCAUAAACACGACCCCGUCCAGGAGUCAGGAAGUGUGAGAGAAGUGUCGGUAGUGGGAGAGAUGUAUGUCACUCGUGACAGAGUGUAGGCGUACAUAGUGGCGAUUACAGCUAAGGGCAGGCUUUUACUCAGUCCGGGGGAUCGGGCCGCUAGCCCUCCAAGGUAAUCCCAGGGGGUAUCCGUAUAUCUCAUAGUUGCCAACUCAGCACCUCAAGCUUAUCAUCUACUUCGAAGAUGCCAGUCAAACAGGCUUCUGGGCGAAUCAAUUUGACUCAUGCAAAGGGUUCCACUGUAGAACUACUUCUAUACGGUGCGACAGUAAUUUCAUGGAAGGCUGGAACCAUCACCGAACCUCAACCAAUUGAGCGGCUAUUCGUCUCAUCUAAAGCCGCUGUCGAUGGCUCAAAGCCCGUGCGGGGAGGUAUCCCAGUUAUAUUUCCUUGCUUCGGACCUCCCAGCCACCCAGAGCACAUGAAACUUGCCCAGCAUGGUUUUGCUAGAAAUGAAGUGUGGAAAUUCGAUAGCAUUGUGAUGGACAACGAUGAGGGCGUAUCGGUGAGGCUCACGCUCGAGCCAACCGCGGGUAUUACAGCGAAAUAUGACAAACCAUUCCAUCUAGCUUAUGUUGUUACCCUGGCUGAGCAUCAUAUUAGUACUGAUCUGCACGUCACGAAUACGUCGACCUCCACGGCUUACCCACCAGACAACCUCGAAUUCCAGGCUUUGUUCCACAACUAUAUUAGGGCUCCUGCAAACGACGUCCUUGUUUUCCCAUUGCAAAACAAAAGUUAUUUUGACAAAACAGAGGCAUUCGAAGAAGCCAGAAACAAACCGAAAGUUGAAACUAGAGCAGGAGUCGAUGUUCGUCAGUUCACCGACUCUGUGUACGAAGAUGCAGGGGGGAAAUAUGAAGUCACAUGGCCGGGAGGUGGUGUAGAGAUCAUGGUUCGGGAGCUAAAGGACGUUGUCGUCUGGAACCCUCAGCAGGCUGCAGGUGCGAAAAUGGGAGAUAUGGAAGAUGGAGGAUGGGAAAGGUAUGUUUGUGUUGAGCCAGGUUAUGUGAGGGGAUUUGCGAAGAUAGAGCCAGGCAAGACGUGGAUUGGACAGCAAGUUAUAUCUGUCAUUCAUCACGAAAGGAGGAUCAAUCAGUUGUGAUAAGUCCUUCUGAAUCACGCACUUACUCAAUACCGUUGGAUUAGUAGAUUUUGUAGUUCGAGCAUUGUUUGCUCUGACAAGCUUAAGCGGCAGCAUUAAAACUCGAACAUGUGACUU